UGCUGAUCUGCUCGAAGGUUCUCAGGCCUGCUAUAGAACAAUAUCAUGUCAACUCUUUCCUCAUCCAAUUGUUCCAGGUAAAAUAACAUUAUAAGCAUCCCCCGCUAUCCUUGAGGCCCAGUCUAUUUGUAUUGUCCCAGGCCCAUAAAAUGUCAGAACCGGGCCUGCAGGUUUAGAGCUUCUCUAAUGGACAUGUGGAUUGUACCCCUUUAAAAAUGGACAUGUCACUUAUAUAGAAAACUCAUGGAGCAGAGUCACGUUGUUGGGAGGCUUGCUGAAAGUAGAAGGUCAGGUCGAGGGUGUGAGUUUUUUUCGAAUCCAACUCAGCAACGGAGGGUAAACGCACAUUCCCACUGAAGCCUGUGCCAGUGCUGAUGCAAUCGACGAGGCUUUCAUACAUUUUGACACCAUGAAGGCUGAAUACGAAAUCUCACCCACAACUGAACACUAUUUGGGUCAGUUGGGCGUGCUUAAAAAAUGCGGACAUCUUGCUGAGGCUGAGGAAUUCAUCAAGCAACUCCUGUUUGAGCCUGCAUCUGAUGUUUGGGAAGCAUUGAUGAAUUUUGCUCGGAUACACGGAGACAUUGACCUUGAAGACCGUGCUGAACAGUUGUGGAAGGAUGCUGGGGGUAAUCCCCUUGAGGGGGGUAAGAUUGUCCCACCACCUCCAAAGAAGCAGUCGGUCAAUAUGCUUGAGGGUAAAAGCAAGGUGCUUGAGUUUCGUAGCCCCACACUAUACAAGGAUGAAGAGAAAAUGAGGGCAGCAAUGAAAGAGCAGGCAUAUGUUCCAGACACCAGGUAUGUUCUGCAUGAUAUUGAUCAAGAGGCAAAGGAGCAAGCGUUGCUUUAUCACAGUGAGCGCUUGGCAAUUGCCUACGGUCUGAUAAGCACCCCGGCCAGGAUGCCUUUGCGUAUCAUCAAGAAUUUGCGUGUCUGCGGGGAUUGUCAUAAUGCCAUCAAGAUCAUGUCAAGGAUUGUUGGGAGAGAGUUGAUUGUUAGGGACAACAAACGUUUCCAUCACUUCAAGGAUGGAAAAUGCUCCUGUGGCGACUAUUGGUAAGUUGUUAUUAUCAAAACAAGCAAGAGAAAUGGGGUGAUUUGGCCUUUUAACUAUUUCAAAGAAACAUCUUGAAGACAGAGAUCUCUUUGCAAGGGUGACAUUCUUUCUUGUGUUUAAAGGCUGCAGCAUAUGAUACCAAUGACCAU